GUUGCUCAGAAAAAUAAGAAAAAUUCUAACUCUAAUCUUGAAAUUAUAAAAAGUUAUAAAUAUUAAUGUUAUUUGUUAAAAACAUUAGAAUUAUAAAAAAUUAUUAAAAAAUGUUGGUGAGAAUACCUCAAGCUUCGCUGACGACAGCUCUGAAAAACAGCUGUUACAGUUCUGCUCACGUUAAAUACUCUAACUUGUUACAAAAAUGCGGGUUUUCAUCUCAAGGAUCACCGGAAAAUUUGCAAAAAAUUUCGCAGAGUAUAACUGGAUUCCCACCGCUGUCAGAGCCAAUAUUAAAUCUACCCAAGCCGAUUUAUUCAACAGCUAAAGAGGAAGAUCAGACAACGCAGAUAAGUGUCUUGUCAAAUGGGCUGAGAGUUGCGUCAGAGAAUAGAUUUGGAAAGUUUUGCACUGUAGGAGUGCUAAUUGACUCAGGACCUAGAUUUGAAGUUACAUAUCCCAGUGGUAUUUCUCAUUUUCUAGAAAAACUAGCUUUCAAUUCUACAAAAAAUUAUGAAAGCAGAGAUGAAAUAAUGCUGACAUUGGAAAAGCACGGUGGUAUAUGUGACUGUCAAUCAUCUCGAGAUACAUUUAUCUACGCAGCAUCUGCUGAGAGUCAAGGUUUAGAUACAGUGACCAAAAUCCUCGGUGACAUAGUCUUGAGGCCAACCAUCACCGAGGAUGAAUUAAAUUUCGCUCGUCAAACUGUACAGUUUGAAUUAGAGACAUUGCAUACUCGACCUGAACAAGAGCCUUUGCUCAUAGAUAUGAUCCAUGCUGCAGCAUAUAGUGAUAAUACUCUGGGACUUCCCAAACUAUGUCCAUCAGAAAAUAUUGGAAAAAUAAAUCGUAAUAUUCUAUUUACGUAUCUGAAAAAUCAUUAUACACCCAAACGAAUGGUUGUCGCUGGAGUUGGUAUUGAACAUAAUGAUCUAGUCAAUGCAGUUAAGAAGUAUUUCGUGGAUGAAAAACCUAUCUGGGAGCAAGAUAGCAGUCUAGCUUUGGACAAAACUAACACCGUGGAUAACUCGAUAGCUCAGUAUACUGGAGGAUUAGUCGUGGAAGAUUGUAAUGUGCCAGUAUAUGCUGGACCCAGUGGUCUUCCAGAGUUGUCACACGUCGUAAUAGGGCUCGAAGGAUGCUCUCAUCAAGACCCAGAUUUCAUUUCGAUGUGUGUCCUCAAUAUGAUGAUGGGAGGAGGUGGUAGCUUUAGUGCUGGUGGUCCUGGUAAAGGAAUGUACACUCGUUUGUAUACAAAUGUACUCAACAGGAAUCACUGGUUGUACAGUGCUACAGCGUAUAACCACGCAUACAUUGACUCGGGUCUUUUUUGCAUCCAUGCAUCAUCAACACCUUCACAUGUUAAGGAAAUGGUUCAAGUUAUCGUCAAAGAACUAGUAGCAAUGGCUGGGGAUAUGACUGACAAUGAAUUGGCAAGAGCGAAGAAACAAUUACAGUCAAUGUUAUUAAUGAACUUGGAACAAAGGCCCGUAGUUUUUGAAGAUAUUGGUCGCCAAGUACUCGCCACAGGAACAAGAAAACGUCCGGAAUACUUUAUUCAAGAAAUCGAUAAAAUCUCAAAGGACGACAUUCACAGAGUAGCUCGUCGCUUACUCAAGUCUCCACCGAGCGUAGCAGCUCGCGGAGGAAUCAAAAACACUUUAUCACUCUCAGAAAUCCAAGCUGGCCUGCUGGAUACUCAUGGUCAAAUGUCCGGAAUAAUGAACAGACUGUCAAUCUUCCGUUGAUAGUUGAACAAGAUAUCCGAUUGCAUUUUCCAUUUUUAGCCAACCAAUAAAUACAUCAUCGUAUUACUUCGUUUAAUUGAUUGUAAAAACAUUUAUAUCUAUUUAAUUUAAGUAAUAAAUUUUCGACGUCUGUUUAUUUUUAACAUAGAUUGAAUUCAAUUAGAACUUUUUUUUAUCGUACUCAAUCUGUACGUGUAUAUUAUGUUUAAAUAAAUCGUCAAUAUUUACCUAGAAA